CCUUGCCAUUUGGACUGGCCACCGCACCAAGAGUUUUCUCGAAACUGCUUCUAGGUCCAAUAACUCUUCUUCGUCGGCAGGGGGUUCAUAUUCACCCCGAUAUUCUGAUCCAAUCCAAGUCGGCCUGGCCCGAUUUUUCCACCCAAGUCAAUUCCACCUCCCUGAGCUCUCCGACCGGCCGUGGGCCGAUGACCAUGCCGCCCCUCCAUCCGUCCAUCGGGCCUGGCAUCGGCUCCUCCUUGGGGUCCCCGAGCCAGCUGCAUUCACCCAUCGGCGCCCUGAACUCCCCCCUCAAUGGCAUGGGGCCUCCUUUCUCGGUCAUCAGCUCCCCCAUGGGGUCUCACUCCAUGUCUGGACCAUCCACCCCGGGCCUCGGCUUCGGCACUGGCAGCUCACAGCUCAAUUCCCCCAUGAACCCAGUGAGCAGCACAGAGGACAUUAAACCCCCUUUGGGCCUCAACGGAGUUCUUAAAGUGCCAGUCCACCCUUCAUCAGCCAUGGCCUCGUUCACCAAGCACAUAUGCGCUAUCUGUGGGGACAGAUCUUCAGGUAAACAUUAUGGGGUAUACAGCUGCGAGGGUUGUAAAGGCUUCUUCAAGAGGACGGUGCGCAAAGACUUGACGUACACUUGCCGCGAUAACAAGGACUGCUUAAUUGACAAGCGUCAGCGGAAUCGGUGUCAAUAUUGCCGGUACCAGAAAUGCCUGGCGAUGGGCAUGAAGAGAGAAGGGAUGGAGCACCAUCCAUCCCGGCCCACAAGACUCCCAGGAAGGCAGGAAGAACAAGCGGUGCAGGAAGAGAGGCAACGAGGGAAAGACCGCAACGAGAACGAGGUCGAGUCAACGAGCAACGCAAACGAAGACAUGCCCGUGGAGAAGAUUCUAGAAGCGGAGCUGGCCGUGGAGCCAAAGACUGAAACAUACAUUGAAGCAAACAUGGGCCUUACUCCAAACUCGCCCAACGACCCGGUCACCAACAUAUGCCAGGCAGCGGACAAGCAGCUCUUCACCUUGGUGGAGUGGGCCAAGAGGAUCCCCCAUUUCUCAGAACUGCCCUUGGACGACCAAGUCAUCUUGCUCAGGGCUGGCUGGAACGAGUUGCUUAUCGCCUCCUUUUCUCACCGGUCCAUAGCUGUGAAAGACGGGAUCCUCCUGGCCACGGGCCUCCAUGUCCACCGGAACAGUGCUCACAGCGCAGGGGUUGGCGCCAUCUUCGACAGAGUACUGACGGAACUCGUGUCCAAAAUGAGGGACAUGCAGAUGGACAAGACAGAACUGGGGUGCCUCAGGGCCAUCGUCCUCUUCAACCCCGAUUCAAAAGGUCUUUCCAACCCCACCGAGGUCGAGGCUCUCCGUGAGAAGGUGUACGCUUCGCUUGAGGCCUACUGCAAACACAAAUACCCUGACCAGCCAGGAAGGUUUGCCAAGCUGCUGCUUCGCCUGCCUGCCCUUCGCUCCAUCGGCCUGAAAUGCUUGGAGCAUCUCUUCUUCUUCAAGCUAAUAGGCGACACGCCGAUCGACACCUUCUUGAUGGAGAUGCUGGAAGCCCCCCACCAAAUGACUUAAAAGAGGGCCUCUGGUCUGAGACCCCAACAGGCCCCUACCCCACACACACACACACACAAGGCCUCCCUCUGUUCUGCCACUUCCUCCCCGGUGCAAGAGACACUAACUGCUGCCCCCUGCGUGACACUGUGCCCGGCCACAGUGCCGACAGAGCCCUUUUCCUGGUUUUGCCAUCUCUGCUGCUUCCCAGGAUCCAGUUCCCGGCUUCGUGACACCUGUUGUGGAUGUAGAGACCACAGGCUUCAACCACACCAAAGGCCCCCCACCACCAUUCACCCGACCCCUCUUUCCUGGGCACAGAUGGAUUUCCAAGCAGCCGGGCCUUUGGGUCCCUUUUGUCUCCCCCAUUUUUGUGGCUGUGGUUGUCCCUGCACACGCACACGCCGAAUUGUCUGAUCUGCUGGAUUGUGGCAGGGUGGGAUGGGCAACGCUCUUGCUCGCUCCCCUGCAGGCGGAUGGACUGGGGGUGGGGUGGCGAGAUUGAAGGGAUGUCGUGUUUUUGCCCUCCGUUUAAAAAGCAAAAAAAUGAUCUCUUUUCCUUUUCAGUGUUUUGAACAUCUCAAAAGGGUGGGGUUGAAAUCUGGCUGCGUUGGCCAGAACCUUCUCGACCGGCCUUUCGACUUAAGAGCGAGGGAAUGAUAGGCGAAAGGGCUGCCGUGCGCUAAAGGUUGGAAUCCUACAGGAGUGUGAAGGGCAGGGCAGUCAUUUCUACUUGGGGGUUUGUGUGACAGUGUGUGUGUGUGUAUGAGUGUGUGUUUGAGUGCACUUUUGUGUGCUAAGAGGAAACUCUGUCAUUAGCAGAGCCAGCCAAUCAAAUCGCAGGCCAGCCAGAGCACGCAAAGGACAGUCCGGGCUGCUUUAUAGGAAGCAUUUUGGCGGGUCACGAUUGAAAUGACGAAGCUGGGCUAGAUGGACUUUUGCUUGGGGAUGAUGGUUUUCAGUUGUCCUAGAUCCGUGGUGGCGAACCUUUGGCGCUCCAGAUG